CUCAUUUCUUGCAGAGACUUCGUGCCGUUCAGAUCGAGUGAAAGGCAGAAAAGAAAGCAACUCGAAGCCACAUCGAAUCAUCGAGUGAAAGACAACCAUUUUUUUACUGUGCAAAGUGCAGUUCGCUCCGCGCAAUUACAACAUUACACCCACACACACGUAGCCAAAUCGGUUCGCGAAAGUGCGACACAAAGUGCAAGUGCUAGAAGCGCCGCAAGAGCUCGAGGCGAAGAGCAACAAAGAGAGUUAAAGAGUCUGCAAGAGCAGAUCCAGAAAGAAAGAAAGUUACACUGCAAAAACCAACAAGAUGACGACCAAAAUGGCUAUCAACGCUAAGGAUAUUUUCCGCAACCAGCACCGCCUGAUCCGCUUCAUCGAGAAGUCCAUCCGGCUAUGCAGCAAUCAGUCACUGAAGGCCGCCCAGCAGCAGCAUCAGCAAAAGUCGUCGGCCGACUUCCAGAUCACCGCCUCCGUGGACACACAGUACGCCAGCGGUGCCCCAGAGCCCAUUAAGCAUGACAAGGAUCUGGGCCAUCAGUUCCGUGCCUCCCAGCUCUCCGUGCGCUUGGCUGCCCCCGAGCAGCUGCACGCCAAGCCGGACAACGACGAGGAGCUAGGCUUCGGACGCCUCUUCACCGACCACAUGCUAAAGAUCUAUUACCAUAAGAGCCUAGGUGGCUGGCAGAAGCCAGAAAUCACGCCGCUGGAGAACCUGGUGAUGCACCCGGCCGCCAAGGUGCUGCAUUACGCUGUCGAGCUCUUCGAGGGCAUGAAGGCGUACCGCGGCGUCGACGGCAAGAUUCGAAUUUUCCGGCCGGACAUGAACAUGAACCGCAUGAACCUGGCCGCCCAACGCUCCGGCCUGCCCACGUUCGAGGGCCCGGAGUUCGUCAAGUGUCUGUCCCGUCUGCUGUCCAUCGACUCCGAGUGGGUGCCGCACACGGACACCGCCAGCCUGUACAUCCGUCCCACGCUGAUUGGCAUUGAUCCCACUUUGGGAGUGGCCUCCUCGGACUCAGCCCUGCUCUACACGAUCCUCAGCCCUGUUGGCAGCUACUUCAAGACGGGCUCCUCGGGCGCCGUUUCACUCCUGGCCGAUCCCAGCUACGUGCGCGCCUGGCCAGGCGGCGUUGGCAAUCGCAAAAUGGGCUCCAACUACGCACCCACCAUCAAUGUCCAGAAGGAGGCGGCAGCCAGGGGGCUGCAGCAGGUGCUGUGGCUCUACGGCGAGAAUCAUCAACUCACCGAAGUGGGCACCAUGAACAUCUUCAUGUUCUACGUGAACGAUCAAGGAGAACAAGAACUGGUUACCCCGCCGCUGAGUGGCCUGAUCCUGCCUGGCAUCACACGUGACUCCAUCCUGCGCAUGACCCGCCAGUGGGGCAAGUUCAAGGUGUCCGAGGCGACCAUCACCAUGCCCCAAGUCUGCGAGCUGCUCAACCAGGGAAGGCUGCUGGAGCUGUUCGGAGCGGGCACGGCGUGCGUGGUUAGUCCGGUGAACCGCAUCAACUACCUCGGCCAGGACCUGUACAUACCUACCAUGGAGCAGGAGAAGCCCGUUCACGAGCUGAUCCGCGACACGCUGACCGACAUCCAGUACGGCAAGGUGGAUCAUCCGUGGUCGGUGGUGAUUGACUAAGCUCUAAGCCUCGUUAUCUGUUAUCCUGUAGAUCCUGUAUGCCCCUACACCCUUCCCCCUACCCCCUUCCCCCCUCCCGUACCGUGUAUUAGUAGGAUUUAGUUGCCAAGCGUUUGUGGGUUGCCAAUGUGCUCGAAUUUGUUUCGUUUGUUGUGCAUUUAGCGAUAUAUCUAUCUGCAUCUGUCUAUAUAAUAUUUAGCGUAGCGUAGGAAGUCCAGAUUUCACUAUAUGCGAUCGUUUAAGUUGCAUUUAAAUGUGUAUUUAUUUAUUUAUAUGUCAGGAAUUCGAAUUGUACAUAAUUCCCAAACUUACCACGGUUCAAUGUUAACGGUUAGUUUUUUUAUUCUCUUUAUUUUGUAUAAUAUUUUUAGUUUUUUUGUCUUUUUUUUUUAAUUUCUAUACUAUUUUUUUUUAUUUUGUUUUCUUUCUGCGUAAUCUGUUUCUUUUAAGCUGUGUGCAUGCUUAUGAAUCGUCUUUUUGCGCUUUUACUUCCAAGCAGCGUCGACAGCAAAGCAAAAUUACAAGAAUUAGUUAGGAAAUUUCGGAAAUGGAGCGAAGUUAGAAGGAGAGUAGAUCCAAAAACAAGUUGAAAACGUACCGGAGGCGAAUGCAUUUAUUAGUGAGUAAGUGAUCGAGGUGUGUUCUUGGAGGUAAAAGCGGCACGAGAGGAGCAGCAGCAGUCGGCGGCUGCGAGCUGUGACUAAAGCUAAUCUAUACCUGAACCUGUCAGUAGAACUUAGGCCUAGGCUGUAGACCUAACCCCAACCGAAUCAAGCUGUAUACUAUAUGUACCAACUUUAGCAGUUAAGUGAAUCCAUUUAUUCCACAACGAAUAAAAUAUGAUAAAACCAA